CUCUCUCUCUCUCUCUCUCUCUCUCUCUCUCUCUCUCACACACACACACACACACACACACACACACACACACACACACACACACACACACACACACACUGCUGCACUAGCCUGCCAUCAGCAUGUAGCCGAGGAUUUUUAUCAUAUUAUCCACGCCGACAUCAAGUACCGCACAGAAGGCAUUUUGCGGGGUUCAUGUUUGUCUCUAGCAGAUUUGAUCAUUAUUCUCAGAUUGGGCUUGCAAUUCUCUGAUGGGAUCAGAAACACACAAGGGUGGAUUGAUGUUGAUGUGAACGGUUGAUAAAUGAAGACUUUGGCUUGUCUUGUGCUACACUGAUCAACAUUGCUUAAUCAAUGAUGAUGGAGAGCUCUGAUUGCUCUCCUGAGUCGUUGGCUAACGAUGAUCGUUAUGUGAUGACCAAACAUGCCGCUGUGUACCCAUCAGCUGAAGAGCUAGAGGCUGUACAGUCUCUGGUGUCAGUAGUGGAGGGGGGACUAAAGUAUGUUUCCGAUUGGCUAAUCAAUUCCUCAAAGGCCAAUGCUUUCUUACCUAAUGAAUCUGCAGAACCCAACCCAAAGUCUGGAGGCCCACUGGUUGGCAUCAUGCGUGUUGGCUCUGUAGCUAAAGGCCUCCUUAUCAAGGGUCUGAUGGACUUAGAGCUGGUUUUGCUGUGCCGAGAAAAGCCUACGGAAAAUCUGCUCCUUACAAUCUGCACCAACCUGCCACUGCAGAUGAAGAAACUGUCAGAGGAUAAGCACACAGUGCAGCCCUGCAUUCCAGAGGCAGCUAUUCUAGUGUUCAAAUGCAGCAGACCUGAUCUGCCUUUGAGGGUCAUCCUUACUUCAAUGCAGAUGAAAAACCAGGAGCUGGAAAAAAACCAAGUGGAAAACACAAAAGUGAAAGAUCCGUCUGAUCUGCUGGACCAGCAGAGAUGCCUGCUUGCUCUGGCCUCUCUGCGCCAUGCCAAAUGGUUCCAGGUCAGAGUGAGUGGGAAGAGAUCCUGUCUCAUAGUUUUGCGGAUCCUCAGGGAUAUAUGCAAUACAAGGCCUGUCUGGGCACCUCUUAAAGGAUGGCCAGUUGAGCUAAUAUGUGAAAAAGCCUUUGCCACAAGUUACAGGCCUCUUGGGCCGAGUGAGACUCUCAGACGGGUCUUGGAGUGUAUUUCCUCAGGCAUCUUCCUGCCAGGUGGACCUGGCCUACAUGAUCCUUGUGAGAAAGAAGAGGUAGACACUUUGUCAGCUAUGACAAAUGAUCAGGCUGGACUUCUUACGUUCACUGCACAGCAUGCGCUAAGGCUUCUAGCUUUCGGACAGAUUCACAGGUUCCUAGAGGUGGAUCCUCUUCCUACAGCCAAACUUGCACCAAAAUUACCAGAUGGAGAAGCAGGGACAUCUCAGAAAAGACUCCAGGUAGAUGUAACUGCGGACGAACCUAAAUGCAAAAAGAUUGUCUCAGGGACUGCUGCAGGCUUAUUAACAUCUGAUGGCAAAUCAGACUGUAAGGGAAAAGUGGAAACCCUUUGCAAAAGCUCCGGUAAUAAAGCCACACAUGGCUCUUCAUCAACCAAGGUUAAGGUUCAGGGCCCCGUUCUCACAGCCAGGGGCAAAAACCCUGUGAUGGAGUUAAAUGAGAAAAGGAGAGGCUUAUCGUAUAACCUCAUCACUGAAAAUGGAGAGAACCAACAACAACGCUUCAUUAUUGAGGUGGAGGUGGAUGGACUGAGGUUCAGAGGAUGUGGACCUAAUAAAAGGGUAGCAAAAGCAAAUGCAGCCUUGGCAGCAAUAGAAAGGCUUUUUUCAGCACACAAUGCAAACAGCAAUAAGAGAAAGAGGCCAUAUACAAAAGUGAAUUCAUCUGCUGUAAAUGGGCUUACCAGAGGCAAGAGGAGUAUUACAAUGCCCAGGCCACUACUUCCUAUUUUUCCUCCAGCUCCUGCUUACUUUACACCAGGCUUUACCCCGUACGGUUAUGGUCCAGUGGUACCUCCACCACAUGGUGACUGGAUAGAUGUUUUAGCAAAGUUUAGAUGGGCUUUUUUCCUCUCAUCAGAGAAGACUUGCAUCUUGCCACCUUGGCCAAUAUCCCAGACAGAUGAAGAAUACAGGAGAUAGUUAUCAGAUGCAGGUAGCCAGAUGUAUGUGCCAUAAGGAGCUGCGACUCCUUUAAUAUCGCUGUAGGCUUUUGGCAGCUUCCCUGGACAGUUGUCUUUUUGUCUUCUCAUCAAUUUUGGAGGGACUUCCUGUACGUCCUGGCAUAACACAUUUUUCUCCACUUCUGUCUUCUCAGUACUCCAUGGUAAAACUAUUGCCUUGGAAAUUGUUUUGUAGCACUGUCCUGUGCAAUACCUUUGAACAAAAUGAUCUCAUUGAUGCUGUCUAAGUUCUUUGUUGCUCUUGGAGUCAGAAGGCAACCAGGAAAAUCUCAGAAAAUCCAAAAAAAAAAUACAGCUGAGAUUUAUUUGGAGUUGAUAUGAUUUACUUUAGUUGAAGACAGGUGUGUACUAACUACUAUUUCACAUGAGCGGGACGAUUGGUCGAACUUGAGCACAACCACAUGCACACAUAUGCUUUGUAUUUCAGUGGCAUUAUUGAGAGUCAUGUUUACAUUAAAGGUAGAAAUGCUCUCAAAUGAUCUACAUUUGUUUUUUGUUUUUUUUACCUUAAACAGAUUUUUUGUAUUUUUUGUAUCCAUAUCCAUAUAUUAGCUCUUUGAUAACAGUAGUGAAAUAUCCUCAGCCUCAGGCUGGAGAUUCUCAGGGGAAACACUGGUAGAAGGCAUGUCCAUGUUUAGCCUAGUUUAAGACAUGCACUCAAUCAGUGAGGGAGAUCAGGUGUAGUCUGUAUGAGGUGCUCAGUUAUUGCAAUGUAAUUUCCUAUUGUUAAUCAAAAAUAAAUUAUAAAUUCCAGAAGGCUUUAAGCAUCUCUUUAGUGAACUAGUAAUUGCUAAUUGUUCCUGGCAAAUGAGUCAAUCUUGAACUUGUUGUAUAAUGAGAAGAAUUAUUAAAUAAAGCCUAGAUUGAUAUACAGUAUUAGUUGAUAUGAUGGUAUAGCGUUUGUUUAUUUUUUUUAGCACUGCUGUACGGAUUUGGAUAAAUCUUAGAGCAUGGGAAAGUUUCAGCCAUAGAGCAUCUAGUGGAUCAAAAAUAGUAUUUCAGUGGACUGAACCAAGUAAGGAAUAAGUACAUUUAUGGCAUUUUGCGGAAACCUUUGUCCAGAGAAACUUACAGAAGGGAUUUGGAGAUUUUAUCGAUAAAUACGUCCUCAUCUUGGCUCACUAGUCAGACACUAGUCACAUCAAUACAGUAUAACUAUUAAACUAUGAACUAUGAACUAAUUCUAGGUCCCUAUUUAAAGGUAAGCAAAUGUACAGUAUGAUGUUGAGCAUGUUUUGCACAUGUACAACUGCUUUUAUAGAAAAAAGUCACAUUCUCCUCAUAUCUUAUCUCUUUUCGAAACAAGGAAUUUCUUAUCGAAAUUGUUGUAAAUUUCUGUAAAUUAUUUUGUUAAAUGCAGCUCACUGGACCAGAUUUUUUUUUCUAUUUACAGAAUUCCACCACAAUUUUUUUAAUGACUUGUGAUUUGUCAUACUCCAAGUUAAAACACAGACCUAAUAAUAGGAAUAGUGAGUCAACACUUGGUCUCAUACUGGCCGUUAGCGGGACAGGCUGGAGGUUUGAUGUAUUUGAGCUAGGAUAUGAUGAUUUUAAGCUAUCAGAAAUGUGUGUAUAGAACCGUAAGAAAAUAAAUCCUGUAGGUUUAGAAUUUCCCACCUAAAAUAUUAAACAGUGUCCUCUGAUCAGUUAUUGAUGAGUUAAGUCUCACUCACUCACUCCCAUUCCUAGUCAUUUAUCUCUUUUCCGUUGUAAUGAUCUCUUUCCUUUUUUUUUGUAGGCGGUAGAAAUGUACACUGCAUGUUCCAUCUUCGACCCCUGCUCCCUGCACGGCAUGUCUUUCCUCCUCCCUUUCGCUGCUUUCGUCCCGAUUUCUAGGUCUGAUCUUUUGAAGAAGUGUCAUU